CAGAGAAAUCUCGGCGGAGGGCACGGAGCUCCGGGAGCCUGCUGGGCGGGGAGGCUGUGGUGCCGGCUGCUUGCUGAGGACCUACCCCCGGAACAGCUCCACGGAGAGGAGCGAUCCGGCCCGGAGCGCGGCGCGGUCCCCAGAGCCAGAAGUGAGAGGGACCCGGAAGACGUUCCACCUGGUGGCUUGGAGCUGUGCAUGACCAGAGGCAGGUCUUAUAUUUAUGUCUGGUCUCUGAAGAAGAAGGACCCCCACCAGGGAACAGAGACCCCCCCCCAAGCUAAGGGUGCAAUGGCAGUGUCAGCCCCCUUGAGGAGUCUGGAAGAGGAGGUAACCUGCUCCAUCUGCCUGGAUUACCUGCGGGACCCGGUGACCAUCGACUGUGGCCACGUCUUCUGCCGCAGCUGCACGAGUGAUAUUCGCCGGCAUAUCGGGGAACCGCCCAGUCUGCCCGCUCUGCAAAAGCCCUUUAAGAAGGAGAACAUCCGGCCAGUGUGGCAGCUUGCGAGCCUUGUAGAGAACAUUGAACGGCUGAAGGUAGACAAUGGGAAGCAGCCAGGAGAGCUGGCCCAAGAGCCGCAGGACAUGAAGUUGUGUGAGCGGCACCAGGAGAAGCUGCAUUACUACUGUGAGGAUGAUGGUAAACUGUUGUGCGUGAUGUGCCGGGAGUCCCGGGAGCACCGCCCCCACACUGCAGUCCUGGUGGAGAAGGCUGCCCUGCCUCACAGAGAGAAAAUUCUGAACCACUUGAACACCCUGAGGAGAGACAGGGACAAAAUCCAGGGCUUUCAGGCCAAGGGAGAAGCUGAUAUUCUGGCUGCACUGACGAAGCUGCAGGAGCAGAGGCAGUACAUCGUGGCGGAAUUUAAGCAGGGCCACCAGUUUCUAAAGAAGCGGGAACAGCACCUGCUAGACCAGCUGGCCACCCUGGAGCAGCUGCUCACCGAGGGCAGGGAGAAGUUCAAGACCCGGGGAGUCAGUGAGCUUGACCGAUUGACUCUGGUCAUCUCCGAGCUGGAGGGCAAGGCACGACAGCCGGCUGCGGAGCUGAUGCAGGAUGCCUGCUCUACACAGGAUACCAAGGACUUCGCCAACAAGUACCCACGGAAGAAGUUCUGGAUUGGGAAAGCCAUCCCUCACAUGGUUAAAAGAAAGGCGGGAGAAUUCUCAGAUAAACUUCUUUCUCUGCAGCGAGGCCUGAGGCAGUUCCAAGGCAAGCUGCUGAGAGACUUGGAGUAUAAGACAGUAAGCGUCACCCUGGACCCACAGUCGGCCAGCGGAUACCUGCAGCUUUCAGAGGACUGCAAGUGCAUUAUCUACACCGGCCAGUACCAGAGUGACUGCCUGCUCCCCCAGCAGUUUGACUGUGAGCCAGGAGUGUUGGGCAGCAAGGGCUUCACCUGGGGCAAGGUAUACUGGGAGGUCGAGUUGGACAGAGAAGGCUGGUCGGAGGAUGAGGAGGAGGAAGAAGAGGAAGAAGAAGGGGAAGAGGAGGAGGAAGAUGAAGAACCUGGCUAUGGGGACAGAUAUGAAGACUGGGAAACAGAUGAGGAAGAUGAAUCCCUGGGGGAAGAAGAGGAGGAGGAAGAGGAAGAGGAGGAAGAAGUUCAGGAAAGCUGCAUGGUGGGAGUGGCCAAAGACUCCGUGAAGAGGAAAGGGAACCUCUCCCUCCGGCCAGAGGAUGGCGUGUGGGCCCUUCGACUCUCCCCUUCUGGCAUCUGGGCCAACACGAGCCCAGAGGCCCAGCUCUUCCCGGUGCUGCGCCCCCGGAGAGUGGGCAUUGCCCUGGAUUAUGAAGGGGGCACUGUGACAUUCACCAAUGCAGAGUCCCAGGAACUCAUCUAUACCUUCACGACCACCUUCACUCGGCGCCUGGUUCCCUUCCUGUGGCUCAAGUGGCCGGAAACACGCCUUCUGCUGAGACCCUGAACACCAGACCCUGCCUGGGUCACCCUACGGAAGCUUUACUUCUCUGAGAUGCCAGGACUCUGAGAUGAAGAUAUUGCCUGGAUCCCACACCAUGGAAUCUUCCCUUCUCUGGGAUCCCAAAGCUAUGUAGUGGAGGAACAUUCCUGGCCAAAGCACUGGGAGGAGGAGAGUGGAGCAGGGACAUCACAUCCACUGCCACCCAUUUCCUCACUGCCGCGGCCAAAGUCUCUCUCAGCACUGUCACCCUAACUGUAUUUCUUAUUCAGCUUCUCAUUUCCUCUGAAGUUUCCUGAUCUGAAGACCAAAUGACUGUCUCUUUCCUGAACACCCAUUUGUCUUGGCUCUGGGCUCUCUAUUGAGCAGGGGCAGCAGCAGCAGCAUCAUCUUCUGGUUCAGUUGUUAGCCCUCACAGGAAGACUUUCAAUGACAUCUGAAGCCAUUUUGCUGUCCUCAGAUUUGAGGAGCCCCUUGCCCAAAACCACUCUGUUGUCUACCUUUCCUGGCCAUCUUAAACUCACUUUUCCUGCCCCACCAGAGUUAAAUACGUGAAGAUUCGAGAAUGGACGUAGUCAAGAUCCACUCGAGUUCUCGAGGCCGUGUACGUUUGUGUCCUGGAGCUCUGGUAGAAUCAUCUCCUGGCGUGGCUCCCAAAGCCUAUGGCCUCCCAACCUAGACCUUGAGUAGGUGGGACUCCCCAGGGACAUCUGUGUCUCAGAAAGCAUCUAGGUACGAUGGCUCAGAUAGUAACUGUGGUCAAUAAAUUACCUCUGAUUACCUCUGCACAGUUAGUCCUUGUGAAGGGAGUCUUUAAAACAACCCCAGCCUCUUGGUCUUGAUGCUCAGCUAAGAACAUUGAGGCCAAGUACCCAGGAGGUCAGGACCUCAUUGCUGGCACUACAGAGUGUCCAGAUUCACUUUCCUAGGAGAGGGAUUGCAGAAGGGGAGAGCGGGCCAUGAGGAAUAUAGAGGACCUCUGCCCUAGGUCUUCCUAUGAAGAAAGGCCUGCAUUAUCUCCCUGCUGACCCAGCUGGUGCCCAUGGUGGAACCCGAGCUCCUGCUUAGCCAAAAUGAUGCCCCCCCCCUUUUAAUCCUUAAACAUUCCAGAUUUCUUCAGCCUGUGCAAGUGUUAGCUCCUCUUGGCUCCUGAUAGACUGUUCCCAGACGCUGGAUCUCGGUGGCCUCAGAGUAAGCCACACCCCACACCGUCUCGAGACAGAACACUCCGUAUGCCUCACAUGCUGCCUGAGUCACUAGUUACACACACAGUGGCUCCCUCACCACUCUUUGUUCCUAGAGCUAAUCAUCUUCUCUCCUUCCCUUCAUUUCCUGUGUCUUGGUUACUGAAUAAACUACACGUUCUUCUCAGUGGUCAGAAAUCUCAAAAGACAGUCGUCUGGGGCUGUCUCCUCCUCUUAUCUUGGUGCCUACCGGAAUGAACUUGAACCUGAGCCAUUGAUUGUUCCCCCUGCGGACAGCUUUUUAAAUUCCCUUUUGUCACUAAACUGGGGGUUCUGGAUCUUUUCCCUCUGAGGCCUGUAGCCCAGCUAGCCUAAGUCUUGUGUAGCUGAAGGUGACCUUAAACUUCCUGUCUCGCCUUCUAAGGUCUGAGAUUCCAGGUGGGUGCCACUAAUGCCUGGUUUAAGUGCUGGGGACUGAACCCAGGGUCUCUCGCAUCCUGGGCAAGCACUCCCCCAGGCAUCCCAAGCCCUGGUCCUAUUUCUGGACCCUGUGUCUCCUCUCCUAACUUAACUGUGGUUCUGUCACACAUCAUUUAAAAACUUCUGAGAUGAGUUUGGAAGCUGCAUUUUCAAACAUUGGGAGAUGUUUAUCUCACUUGUACACUUAAGGAAUUCUUCAAAAGUAGUUUUCUUCUAGGAUGUCAGGAUUGCUCUACUGCCUUAAGCUCCUGAUUUUCCUGUGGGGUUCUUUGCCUCAUGAUAUAUCUCUGUGGCCUGUUUCUGUUUUACAGAAGAGUCUGGGAGUCUUACUUGUAUCCUUACUCCUUGUUCUAACACGUAUGAACCACACACAUACAUAAUACAUACCUACAAUUGAGGAGCUGGACAUGAAUCUCACGCACGAUGUAGACAUGGCUGGCCUCAGGCUCACAUGGCGAGAUUUAAAGCCUUAUACCGUCACACUAAGGAGGGGUAAAAACCUUUAAAAUACCCGGGGCAACCUAGAAAAAAGGUUUAUUUAAGCUCCUGGUUCUGAAGUUGCAGUCCAUGAUCAGUGGUCUCAGUGCUUUUGGCCCGUGUCAUGGUAACCAAUCCUGGCAGGCUUGCUUGACAGAGCACAGCCACACAUCUCAUCAGCUGGGAAACAGAAUGAACCAGACCCUGAGAGUCUCCUUCCACAGCUACCCUAGUGACCUAAAGACACUACCUCCUAAUUAGUCCACUCUUGUGGCCAGUCCUUUAACACCUCACCCUUCAGAAGAUUGAAACUAGAAUCACCCCAACUCCAUCUUUCUAAGUUGCCACAACCAACAGAUUAGACACAAAACACAAGGCCCUUGGCUUAUUUUAUUAAAACAUUCUCUUAAAACCUAGAGAAAUGACCUGAAGGGACACUUUGGGGUCCACCCAGAUUUGUUGAGGCCCCAAAGCAUCUCCAGCUUUGUGUCCAAAAGUCAUUAUAAAUUAGUACAAGCCAAACAGCCCUGGUUACCCUACAAUGGUCAUUUUGAAACUUUUACUUUGUUAAAUCCCAUUGGCUCAUGGCUUUGCUUGGUGUCUAGAGCAAUGCCUGCCUUGUCUGCUUCUGGCUCUCCAGAGAGAUCACCGUGUCCAGGAACGGGAUUGCAGGGUGCUGACGGUACUGGAUUAAAUGUGGUAACACAUUAAAAACUGUACAAGACUCCAA